AGACGGCCAGCACGGACCGCCAGUGGAUGCAGGCCGGCUUGCUGCUCCGUUGCUUCCCAGAUGGCCGCCCGUUCCUCACGCUGCUCCCUGACGGCACGGGGCACCUGCGUCACCCGUCGGGCCGCCUCGCCGUGCUGUUUGCCGGCCGCCACCGCCGCGGCAGCGGCCCCAGCGACGGCGGCGGCGGCGUCGGGGGCAGCCGGCGGCGGCGGCGCUGGGGCUGCUGCGUGGUGCUGGCAGACGCCGAGAGAGCCGGCGUGGGCGCCGUCUUCAACCCCGGCGGCACCAGCGUCUGCCUCUACCCGGGCGGCGCGCCCAGGUUUGUGCUCACGGUGCAUGGCGGCUCAUGCCACAGCGAGGCCACGGGAGAGCGCACGCUGCGCUGGCUCUGGGACCACGGGCCCGGCGGAAGUGCCGGCGGCGGUGCCGUGGGGCGGCCGCUGUGUGCGGCGCUGUGCCCCGGUGUGGGAGUGCGCGUGGUGGCGUCCCACCGCGUGCUGCUCUGCUACGGCGCCGGCGGCCGCGUGGCGCGAUUCAACGUGGGCCACGCGCCGGAGGAGACGGAGCGCGGUGGCGGCCGCGGCGGCGGCGUCAGUGCGGAAGAGCGAGCGGCGGUUGAGGCCCUCGAAGGCCUCGCGGAGAGGGCCCAGGCGGCGCUGGAGGGGCUGCGCACGGCACUCGCGUACCCACGCAGCAGCGGCAGCAGCAGCGCGCACCGGGCCCCCGUCGAAGCCUCGCGGUGA